AGCCCAUUAUCAGAGCAGAGGAGCGAGUGACACAUUUAGAGUGCAUCGCAUAUCCUCUCGCUCUCGCACCAGCCGCCGUCGUUCCCCACCCCCUCCCUCGCCGCCGGCGCCACCGCGCCGCCGCAGCGCCAUGCUCCGGCUCCGUACGUGCGUCCUCGACCACCUCAUCUCCUCUCCAGCUACCUCUCCCGUAUCCUCUCUCCACCGUCUCAUCUCCGCCGCCGCGCUCGCCGUUUCCCCAAACCCUAGCUUCGCCGUGGAGGAGUACCUCGUCUCCACCUGCGGCCUCACCCGACCCCAGGCCCUCAAGGCCUGCCCCAAGCUCUCCCACCUCAAGUCCCCCGCCAAUCCCGACGCCGUGCUCGCCCUCAUCGCCGGCCUCGGCCUCUCCACCACCGACAUCGCCGCUCUCGUCGCCAGGGACCCGCUGCUCCUCUGCGCCCAAGUGGAGAAAACCCUGGCCCCCAACGUGGCGGGGCUCACCGGCCUCGGUCUCUCGCGUUCGGAGGUCGCACGCCUCGCCUCGAUUGGCCCCGAGAGAUUCCGCUCUAGAUCCAUCGUCUCCAAGCUGCACUACUACUUGCCUCUCUUUGGGUCCUCUGAGUACCUCCUCCGGGCCCUCAAGAGGAACUUCUACCUUCUCUCGGCUGACCUCGACGAUGUGGUUAAGCCCAAUGUCGCUUAUCUGCAGGAGUGCGGGCUAGGUGCUUGUGAUAUUGCCAAGCUAUGCAGCCGUCAACCAUGGAUUGUCACCGCCAACCUGGAGCGUGUCCAGGCGAUGGUGGAAUGCGCUGAAAACAUAGGUGUGCCCCGUGCCUCUGGGAUGUUCAGGCACGCGCUGCACGCUGUUGCAUUUCUCAGCGAGGACAAGAUCGCAGCCAGGGUGAACUACUUGAAGAACACCUUCAGCUGGACGGAUGCUGAGGUAGGCAUGGCUGUUUCUAAGGCUCCAACUGUGCUGACGAGGUCCAAGGAGUCGCUGCAGCGCAGGUCUGAGUUCCUCAUCUCCGAGGUGGGCUUGGAACCGGUGUACAUUGCUCAACGGUCGGAAAUAAUCGGUCACAGCCUAGAGGGCCGGCUCAGGCCCCGGUACUAUGCUGUGAAGUUUCUCAAGGAAAAUGGAUUGCUCAAGCGUGACCCAAACUACAGUACCGUUUUCAAGAUUAGUGAGAAGGCAUUCAGGAAGAAGUUCAUAUUCCCUCACAAGGAGGCUGCACCGCACCUCACAGAAGACUACGAUGCCGCUUGCAAGGGGGACGUGCCGACUAAUUUCAGAUUCACAUAAGCCAAGACGGGCUAUGAUGUAAUUGGGUGCUGGUUGUCUGCUGUUGUAUGACUGUUAGAUGCUGGGUUGGUCAUUGCUAACGUGUGAUGGGAUUGAUAAUUUGAUCCCCAAAUACUGUAAGUGUGAGGUCAGGCCAUUCUGCAGUGCAUUAAAAUUUCAGUUUUCAAGUUAGUUGUUGGUGCAUUGAGACAAUGAGCCACAGUAAGGUCUCCUUCAUGUGGGUGGUGCAUUCCUAAUAUUCUACUACUGAUUUUGCAAUUCA